GACAGAGGCCCCUUAGGCAGCUUAGAGCUGAGGAGUAGCGGGUCUGAAGUGCCGCGGGAAUAUGAGGGAACGCUGUGUAGACUGGAUGGAGGACAUGAUUGGCUGCUGGAAGGCUUGUCUUAACCCACCUCUUGAAGUGGUUCCCACCAGGAACCCAGUCAAGUGCACCAAAAGGGCAACUGACUCAGUCCAUCCUGACCUUGCUGGUUUGUUGGUGAAAAACAAGAAUCUUUUAGCUGAGCUAAGAAAUCUUCGAAACAAACUUUUCAUAAAAGAAACUUCAUUGCAAGAGAUGAAGAGUGAGCUAGAAACUUACAAAGAAAAUAAUGUGCAACAGUCAUUCCAGAUAAUGUCCCUGAAAGACGAUAUCAAGGACUUAGAGGAACUUACUGCUUCUCUAACCAGAAUUAAAUCUUUGAAAAACACCAGUAUUCAGAGUCUUGAAAGAGGCAACUGGGAUCUAACUGAAAGAAUUACAGAACUAGAAAAUCUUCUAAGAGUACAUCUGAUUGAAAGAAAAAGAGCAGAGCAAAAAGCAGACCUUUUGGAGAAAAAGUUAGCAGGUGCUAACAGAUUCACCCCUUAUAUGAGUAUGAAAGAACAAGAAGAUUCCUUGGAUAGUUUCAUGACAAAGGAUAAGGAUGAAGCUAUCCUGUUUGAGAGAGACAACACUUUUCGCUCUGAAGGACCAAAAGAUGGACAGAAAAUUUGGGAUAAGUGUCAACAAGAUUUGACCCAUAAGGAAAAACAAAUACCUGAGUUAGAUAGACCUACACAUUCAUACAACUGGGAAACUAAAACAGCGCGAUCCAACUAUCAGAAAUUCCUCAGUCAGCUGUCUGCUCUUCCCAGCAACAGUGUUGAACCCACACCAGCCAUAGAGGAAGCUGUGAAAGAGAGCAUUCUGGAGACUGGUGCAAAUGAGCAAUCUUGGAAGUCUAGAGCUGAAGUCCUCCAGCAGGAAAUUCAGAUGCUCACUAAGCGACUGGAGAAGCAAUCUCAUCACUCUGAAGAAACUGCUAGAGAACUAUCCAACACUGAGAAAAAGUAUAUGGGACAAAAAAGACCCUUGAAAUGUCUGGAAGGAAAAAUUGCUAUUAAUGACCUUUUUCAAGGGAAAUUAGAUUUGGACAUGAGCAAAGAAAACUCUCAAUCUAAGAUUUCCCAGGUGGAUAAGCAUGGCAAAGCAUUCAAGCAGCUAGAGAAAGACAACAAGCAAGAAACAUUACUGAAUAUUCAGCAGAAUUUUCAGACUGUUACAACUCAAAGAUUAGAGGAGAAAAUUCAGAAACUUCAGAAACAGCUCAGUGACUUGAAAUUGUCAAAUAAAAAUAUGAAAACUCAACUGACAAGAGUAAAUAUCCUUAAAGACAAAACAAUUGAGAAGCUCAGGGAAUCUCUAACAAAAGUUGAAGCAAUGAAAGGGAAGGCAGCUAUGGAAACAGACCUGAACACUACAGUAGACUCUGAUGAGCAAGAAGCAAGAUGGGGUAAAAAGAAGGUCCAUCAAAUGUUAGAAACUGCCACUCCUGAGCUCAGCACAGCAAAGAGCACACUUGAAGAAGUACCGGGAAAACAAGAAGAGCUUGUUGACUUUCGAGAAACUAUUAUGAAGAUGUUGGGCUUUAACAUGAAAACAGCAGACAAGAAAAUCAUCAAUCACCUAAGGCUUAUUAUACAAGUAUAUGAAGCAUCUGACAAAUCAAAGAUGGCUUCUGAGCGUGAGACUGGACAGGAUAAUGAAUAAAGAAUUUCUGCCAACAAGAACUCACAAAUA